GUGUUUGAGCGUAGUAGCGGAAAGAUGGCAGCUGACACAGGCAGAUACAGGAGCGCUGUCUCCAAAAGCAAAGACCCCUCCGGUUUACUUAUAUCUGUAAUAAGGACAUUGUCCAGCAGUGAAGAUGUGCAGGACCGAGAGACAGAGAAGGGCCGUCUGGAGGAGGCCUAUGAGAAGUGUGACCAUGAUGUGGAUGAGUUGAUCGUUCAGCACUACACAGAGCUCACCACAGCCAUCCGAACCUACCAGAGCAUCACAGAGAGGAUCACCAGCUCUCGCAACAAGAUCAAACAGGUCAAGGAGAACCUGUUGUCCUGUAAGAUGCUCCUCCACUGUAAGCGAGAUGAACUGAGGAAGCUGUGGAUCGAGGGUGUCGAGCACAAGCAUGUCCUCAGCUUGCUGGACGAGAUCGAGAACAUCAAACAGGUCCCUCAGAAGUUGGAGGCAUCCAUGGCCAGCAAGCACUACCUGCACGCCACAGAUAUGCUGGUUUCAGCAGUGGAUUCUCUUGAAGGACCCCUGCUACAGGUGGAGGGUCUCGGCGACUUGCGACUGGAGCUCCACAGUAAGAAGCUCAACAUCCACCUGGUGCUAAUUGACGAGCUCCAUCGACACCUCUACAUCAAAUCAACCAGCCGCGUGGGUCACCGAGGAAAAGACAAGGACAAGGGCCGGUCUGCUUCAAAGGAUACAUCUGUUUUGGAUGUCGGUUUGUCCACUCCACGCAAGCUCACAGAACCCUCACAGUUCAGCACCCCUGGAACAUCCAGCAUACGUGAGCUGCAGGAAAUGAGAGAGGACUUGGACAUAGACCCAGAGGAGAACAGUGCAGAGUUCAUGGGGAUCCUGAUCAAAGCACUGGCCAAACUCAAGAAGAUCCCGGAAACCAUUAAAGCCAUCAUGGAGCGUCUGGAGCCUGAGCUCAAGCAGAUCCUCAAGAGAUCCACCACUCAGAUCGCUGACCAUGCCUACCAGAGAGGAGAGAACCUGGCACAGGACAUCCAGCCCAGGUUGUUGCUGGAACUGCUUGAGCUGUUGUUUGAUAAGUUGAAUGCAGUGGCCCAGGCUCACAGUGUGGUUCUCAGUCACCUACAGCAGAUUAUCGUCUCUCCCAAUGGAGCCCAGGAAGGGAUCAAACUCUAUGAGCAGGCUGAUGUCUAUGCCAAGAUCCAGACCGUCCUACAGGUGCUGCUAAUGGACUACCUGGAUGUCAAAAAUACCCGUAGAGCUGCAGAGCCUUCUGCCCAGCUGUCUUACGCCAGCACCGGCGGAGACUUCGGAGCGUUCUUCGCCAAGAAGAAACCUCUCCGACCUAAACAGUCUUUAUUCAAGUUUGAGUCUUCUUCUCAUGCCAUUAGCAUGAGUGCGUACCUGCGGGAGCAGCGGCGAGAACUCUACAGCAAAAGCGGGGAGUUGCAAGGUGGAGCUGAUGAUAACCUGAUUGAGGGAGGAGAGACUAAGUUCCUGUGUAAACCAGGAGCCAGAAACAUUACGGUCAUCUUUCAGCCAUUGCUUAGGUUCAUUCAGGAGAUAGAGUCCCGUAUGGGUCCAGCUCAGGCCAAGCAGUGUCAGCUACGCACCUUCCUCACCUACUACAUCAACGACCUGUUCCUCAGCCAGGUCCGCACCGAGACCAAUAAGGAGAUUGAGGCUGUGACCAAAGUGUCCGACCCGCUCAAGAUCCUGGCCAGCGCUGACACCAUGAAAAACCUGGGAGUUCAAAGACCUCUUCUACAGAGCACUGUGGUUGUGGAGAAGUCCAUUCAGGAUUUAAUGAGUCUGAUGCUGGACCUCAGUGCGUACUCCAACCAGUUCCUGGAGAUGGUUUGUGACAAGCUCAAAGAGUACAAAGAGAUCUGCAAUGCUGCAUACAGGGGUAUUGUACAGUGCGAUGAGAAGCUGACCAUCAGUGCGUCCUGGGCUAAAGAUGAAGACAUCAGCCGCCUGCUGCAGUCUCUGCCCAACUGGGCCAGCAUGACCCAACCCAGACAGCUUCGACAGAAGAGGGAAGAAGAAGAGGAUUUCACACGGGCAGCAUUUGCCAAGGAGUCUGAGGUGUUAACGGGGAAUCUGGGUGAUAAGCUGAUUCCUCAGAAUGAGAUUCUGAGGGACGUCAGUGAUCUGAAGGCUCUCGCUAACCUGCAGGAGAGUAUGGAGUGGCUCGCCACCCGCCUCAGGGGCUUCUUCAGCAACCUACCCCUUAGCUCCAGUGACUGUCGUCUCUGCCCCAUCAGGGUCCACUGUUUCCAUUAUCUGAUCCCUCUGGCAAAACAAGGCAACUAUGCCAUUGUAGCUAAUGCAGCCAGCAUGGACUAUGACCCCCUGGUGGUGAAGCUGAAUAAGGACAUCAGUGCCAUAGAGGAAGUGAUGGGAGCCGCCCUGCAGCAGCACAAGUUUCAGUAUAUCUUUGAGGGUCUGGGUCACCUGAUCUCUUGUAUUCUGAUAAACGGAGCUCAGUACUUCAAGCGCAUCAGCGAGUCCGGCAUCAAGAAGAUGUGCAGAAAUAUCUUUGUGCUCCAGCAGAACCUGACCAACAUCACCAUGUCACGUGAGGCUGAUCUGGACUUUGCCAGGCAGUACUAUGAGAUGCUGUAUAAUACAGCCGACGAGCUGCUAAACCUGGUGGUUGAUCAAGGGGUGCGUUACACAGAGCUGGAGUACAUCAAUGCUCUGAGUCUCCUCCACCGCAGCCAGACUGGCGUGGGAGACCUGACCGUGCAGAACAUGCGGCUGCAGCGCCUCAAAGAGAUCAUAUGCGAACAGGCUGCCAUUAAACAGGCUACCAAGGAUAAGAAGAUCACUACAGUCUAGACACACAUAUUUAAACUAUAUCUACCAACACUCUGAAAGGGUCCACGUUACUGCCGUUCAUUACUGUCACAGGCUUUGAGUCAAGUCACACUUUCAAGCAAACAUUAUAGUGGUUUCAUUUCAUUUUCUUGCUUUCCAGUAUUUGUUAGAUGCAUUUCUGACCAGGGCUUUGUGCACACAAAUGCACACACAGACAUGUUCUAAUAAAUGAAUCCCUUGUAUCUUUUCUGGUUAAACCAGGCCACACGUUUCAGAGCGAGAGGAGGGAUUCACUCAUUGUAGCUUAGGGACAUUUUCAUCUCAUUUUCUUACUUUAUCAAACCUCUGCUCUCAAUUAUAGAAUCUUCUUGUGCGCCGUCUCUCGCUGCCCAGCCCGGAGCUUGUGCUUGGAAUAACAGAUGCCAGAUUAGAACGCCAGGCUUUUUUAUCAGGGG